AUGUGCUUCCGGGCCUGUCCGAUGUGCGAGGAGGAACAUUCGUUGGACAGGUGCUCCAAGUUCAAAGCUCUGUCCCCUACCGAGAGGAGAUCAUUCGUCGUUCUCAAACAUCGAUGCUUCAACUGCCUGGGGAAGCAUAAUGGGGAGAGUUGCCGGAGCCUCAACAAGACCUGCGUUGUGUGUCGAGAGAAUCACCACUCGAUGAUUCACAUCAGUCGUCCUCAGCCAACACCUCAAGGAUGCUCCCAGCCUCGUGACAGCCAGCAGGUUGUUAAGACAAUGCAGGAGCCUCAGCCCGGCCCAUUUAUACAGUCCACUGCCUCUAGGCCUGACAUGUCUCCACACGGUCAGAUUCUUGUCAAGGCCUACGUUCUCGAUAGCCUCACGUCGUCGUUGCCGUCGUUCUCCGCCUCUCAACCUCAGCAUUGGGAGCAUCUCCGAGGUUUACAGCUAGCGGAUCCUCACUAUCUGACGUCAAGACCUGUCGAUCUUCUCAUUGGCGCAGAUUUCUUUGGAUCGAUCGUGGAGCCGCCGAGCAUCAAGGGGCCAUCCGAUUCUCCUAUUGCGAUGCUGACACUCUUCGGGUGGGUGGUGCUCGGGCCUACCUCUGCAGUGACGUCGACGGCGAGCUCGCAUCACGUCUCUGUCAGCAACGAGGAACUUAGCGAGUUUCUCACCUCGUUCUGGCAGCAGGAGGAGGUAUCUGCGGCGGAAGGCAAGGACGUCGCUCUCACGAAGGAAGAGGCAGAGUGUGAGGAGUUUUUCCAGCGCACCCAUACUCGAGAUCGCUCGGGGCGCUAUAUCGUUCGUCUGCCUCUCGUUCGCUCUCCCGCAGAGCUCGGUGAUUCUCUAGGCCGCGCGAAGGCGUGCCUCGCGAGCCUGCUUAGGAGGUUGGAGAAAAAUCAAGGAUCUCUACAGCUUUAUAGUGAGUUUCUCAAGGAGUACGAAGAGUUGGAGCACAUGGUGUGUGUUCCGGCUGUACCUGUCUCAACCGACUCUCGGAUCUUGGAUCGUCAACCUGGCGAGAUGACCUUGGCACAUGGGGCUUCGGCCUCAGGAGGGUUGAGGGUCUCCGACGGCGGGCGGUCGUAUCAGGAUUCCGGUCGGAGUUCGUCUCGGAGGCAAUCUCGCUCUUCUGCUCCUACGUUCUACUUCCCUCAUCAUUGUGUUCUCCGGGAAAGUAGUGAAACUACGAAGCUGAGGGUAGUGUUCAAUGGUUCCAGUAAGCGUAGCUCCGGAGUGUCUCUCAACGACAUCCAGCACACUGGGGCCAAGCUGCAGCGGAACAUCUCUGAUGUACUGCUCUGGUCUCGACAGAGCAGGUACAUCUUUAUGACGGACAUCACGAAGAUGUUCCGUCAGAUCAAGGUGCAUCGGGAGGACUGGCCUCUCCAACAAAUUUUGUGGCGUGAUUCUCGGGGCCACAUCUGCACCUAUCAGCUCACCACCGUCACCUACGGGACCAAGUCUGCUCCAUUCCUCGCCUGUAGGGUUCUCGAUCAGCUGGUCAAGGACGAACGGCAUCGGUUUCCUCUCGCCGUUUCCCCCUUGAGCAGUGGAAGAUAUGUGGACGACAUCUGUGGUGGAGCUGACGAGGAGGACGAUCUCCAUUUCAUAGCUCAGCAAGUGGCAGAGCUCUGCUGGGCUGGGGGAUUCCCUCUAGCGAACGACGAUCGAUUGAGGUUCUCCAUCCAGCUCUCAGUCGGCGUGAAGCCAUCGAAGAGGAUUGUGCAGUCGGAGAUUGCGCAGCUCUUCGACCCUCUAGGGCUGCUCUCACCGGUGGUGAUCCGUGCCAAGGCUCUUCUGCAGCAACUGUGGCUGGAGAAACUCGACUGGGACGAGGAGUUGCCGGUGCAUCUGGUCCAGAAGUGGGUUCGCUUCCGAGAAGAACUGUCCCAGGUGGAUCAACUCUCGAUCCCGCGGUGGAUGGGAUGUAAGAAGGAUUCUCGGGUGGAGAUCCAUGGCUUCUCUGAUGCGUCUCUACUAGCGAUGUCGGCGGUGGUCUAUUUGAAGGUGACGAGUGCGGAUGGUGUCAGCAUCUCUUUAGCUGUUGCUAAAACUAAGGUGGCUCCUCUCAAGAAGCUCACCAUCCCGCGUCUUGAGCUCAACGCCGCGGUCAUCCUAGCUAAGCUCGCAAGGUACGUGAUUGAUCAGCUCAACCUUGGUACUGUCAUGGUGCAUUUAUGGACGGACUCAGCUGUUGCUCUGGCGGGGAUUUGUGCUCAUCCUUCCAGGUGGAAGGAAUAUGUCCACAACAGAGUAACCGUCGUUCAGGAGCUUGUGCAAGAAGCCAGUUGGAGGUACGUCAGUGGGAAGGAGAAUCCGGCUGAUUGUGCAUCUCGGGGUAUCUCGGUGGCUCAACUUAAUGGCCAUCAUCUGUGGUGGACGGGCCCAAAAUGGCUACGGAAGGAGGUGUCUCAGUGGCCAAGUGGGAGAGCAACGUUGGACCCGUCUACAGAUUUAGAGGAGAAGCCGGGGGUGACUUUAGCCGCUUCUUUCGGAAGAGCAAGUCUCUGGGGUCUCUGUUCGCGGUAUUCCUCCCUAUACAAGUUGCUGAGGAUCACAGCAAUUUGCCAAACGGUUGUGGGGAAUAUGCUGCGGAAGCUGGAAAGGAAGAGGGGCAUCAUCGUUUCAGCAGUGUUCAGCCCUGGAAGCAUGGAGGCAGCUCGGUUUUAUUGGGUCAAGGCGACUCAAGCCUAUCAUCUCCAAGCCGAGUGUGACAUCAUCUCUCACGGAUUGCAGUUGAAGAAGUCUCAUCCGUUGACCAAGCUCACGGCCUUCAUUGACCAACAGGGAGUUCUCAGAGUCGGCGGGCGGUUGAAGUUCUCUACUCUAGGGCCAGAGAGUAGGCAUCAGGCCAUCAUCCCUCAUGGCUCAGUGCUCGCGGAGCUCAUCAUGAGGGACUCUCAUCAGCGGACGCUGCACGGUGGGACUCAACUCACCUUGGCACAUCUCCGGAGGUCUUACUGGAUUAUUGGAGGUCAUCUACCAGUAAGAUCCUUCAUCCUCAAGUGCGUGGAGUGCGCACGUCAUCGGGGAAUCCGAGCUCAGCAGCUGAUGGGUCAGCUUCCAGUUGCACGUCUAGUGUCGGAUCGUGCUUUCUCUAACACUGGUGUGGACUAUGCCGGACCAGUGUCUAUCAAGACUUGGAGGGCACGUGGUCACAAGACUCAGAAGGGUUGGUUGGUGAUUUUCGUGUGCAUGGCCACGUCCGCACUCCAUCUGGAAGCUGUGACGGACUACACCGCUGAUGGUUUCAUCGCCGCCUACCGAAGGUUCGUGAGUCGUCGGGGAUACUGCAGACACUUGUACAGUGACUGUGGCACCAACUUCAUCGGGGCGGAUAAGGAGCUGAAGAAGUUGUUCUCCGCUGGAGCUAAGGAGUUCCAGCAUCUCUCUGCAGUAUGUCUCAAGGAUGGAACGUGUUGGUCGUUCAAUCCCCCUGGAGCCCCUCAUUUCGGAGGAAAAUGGGAAGCAGCGGUCAAGUCGGUAAAGUACCACCUCGCUCGAACGGUUCGGGAUACGACUCUCACGUUCGAGGAACUCUCGACGCUGCUGUCCCAAAUUGAAGCGGUCCUCAACUCCAGGCCUCUACAAUCGCUCUCGGAAGUUCCUGACGAUGUGUCCUGCCGCACCCCGGGGCAUUUCCUCAUUGGAGAAGCUCCAAUAGCUCUUCCCGAGCCCUCACUGGAACACCUCAACGUUGGACGACUCUCUAGAUGGCAACUGAUCCAGCAGAGGCUGCAGUUCUUCUGGAAGCAAUGGUCUACGGGGUAUCUGCAGCAGCUCCAGUCCAUCUCCAAGUGGCAUCACCCGUCCAACGAGAUCAAAGUCGGCAGCCUGGUUCUUCUCUACGACGAGCGGUUCCCGCCAGCGAAGUGGCCUCUUGCUCGGGUCACAGGUCUACAUCCUGGAAGGGACGGUCUCUCCAGAGUUGUGACCAUCAGAACGGCCUCGACGACGUUGACCAGGCCGAUCUCCAAGCUGGUUCUGUUACCGGUCUCUACCAGCUGA